AUGUCUCUAGCAAAACAAAACUACUCUACCGCAGCCGAAGACCAAAUUAACGCACAGAUAUUACAGGAGCAAACGGCUGCGGCUAAUUAUGAGUCUAUUGGUGCUUAUUUCGCUCGCGAUAACAUCGGGUUACCUGGUUUAGCGAAAUUUUUUAGAAAUCAGGCUGAGGAAGAACGCCAACACGCGCAAAAAUUGAUGCAUUACCAACAAUUGCGGGGAGGUUGUGUUGUACUGCAUCCGAUCCCAGCACCUCCGACUGAAUGGCAGUCGGCGAAAAAUGCAGUUGAGGUAUCACUUGAUUUAGAGAAAGAAGUGAACAAGAAUCUACUCCACCUAAGCUCCCUCGCUGAAAAUAAUGGUGAUUCACAAUUAGUUUCAUACAUUCGCGAAGAAUUUCUGUCGGAACAAGUGAGAUCGAUCGAAGAGUUUGCGAAAAUGAUUACUCAUUUGAAUCGUGUCGGUGGUGAUGGUUUGGGGCUGUACCUUUUCGAUCAGAAUUUGUUGGAAAAUGGCAAAAUUGAUGUUGGAGGUGGCAAUAGUGGUGUUUAA